GCACGGGGCAGCAGGAGCCGACGGGCCUGCGUGCGGACACCCCGCCGGGGUCCGGGAGGAGAGAGCAGGGCAUUGCCUGCGGGGGCUUCAGGGAACCUCCAGAGGCGGGUGGAAGGAGACCGGAGAGGAGAUGCCAGCCCCCCUCUCCGGGAAAGCCGGGGGAGCCCCUAGCGAGGGUUCCCCAGCCAGGCCACCGAGAUCGCGGCCAGAGUACGGCCGCAGGGAGGGCCUUGCCUCCCAGAAGGGAGGAUCCCCCCCACCCCACCCCGAGGCAGCCCAGCAUGGAGGGCUGGGGAAGGGGCGGCCCCAGCAGACCUCACCGGGCCUGUGAGGGUCGCCUCCGGCCGGGCACCUGCACACUUUCCCCCAGAGGAGCCCCAGGACCACAGGCAGGACCUUGGCCGCAAGCCGGGCCCAAGGAGCAGACGGCGCCACCUGGUGGCCCUGGUCCCGCCUGAACCUUUACCACCAGGCGGACCCUGCGGUCCUGAGGGACCCUGCGGCCCCCCAGGCCUCCCGGCGCCUCUGGGCUUGUGGCCAGGACCCCCAGGGCCCCAUGGUCCUCUCGGGCCAGCUCCCAGGCAUCUCCUGUGGUCCUGAGGGGGCAGCCUUCAGCAGGAAUCAGCUCAGGAACCCUCUGGGCAGCAGCACCGGAUCCUGUGCUGUGCUCGCCCCGCCCCUGCCCUAACCUCGGUGAGGACGCCCUCAAGACAGGGCAGGGGGGAGGCCCGCACAUGCACACACACACGUGCAUGCACACCCCCCACACGCACACGCAUGCAUGUGGGGACACACAGUGUGCUGACCACGGAUGCCGAAUUCUCCGCCGUAAAAACCUGGAAGGCAGCUACUUUGACUCCAGAACACACAUGGGAUCUGACAGUUUAUACAGGAAAGACUGAAACUCCACGGGGGAGCUGGUGCCGCUGCCUGUGGCCUCCACCGUGCGGCUCCAGGGACCCCAGGGACCCUCCGGCUCUCGGGCCAGCCCCAGGCCCACAGGGGCCACCGGGCACUCUGCCUGGGGAGGGGGGGGGGUGUGGAAAACAUGGAGCCUCUUGUUCAAAGAUGGUUAGAAUUUCAAGGCAGGCAUCGCACUGAGCCCCCUCCAUGUCCCUUCUUUGUGCUGUGACCACCGGCACCAGCCCUGAGGGUGACAGAGCCAGGCCCGGGAGGCAGGACACUGGGCCUGGGCACCUCCCCUUCAGCGUCCAGGGGUUGGGUUGGCUCUGGGAGUGGGGCUGCCUCUGCCCAGCCCAUCGGGGACUGAGGCAUUGAUGAGCAUCUGUGGGGGUCAUCGCAGGAGCACGUGGGCCCCUGUCGGUCCCUCAGCAAGCUCAGCGCCAGGCUGGUGGGGCUGCAGCAGGAGGGGACCUGGCCCACAUGCCUGGUUAUUUCUGGAGGGGGUGGCCAGAGGGGUGCCAGGCUCUUGUGGGCAAAAAGGGGGAGAGCCCCAGGUUGGAGGAAGGGUGCCUCUUUGCUGCCAGGGCUCCCCAGAGGAGAGGGGCCUAGGGUCAUGGCGCACACUACCGGGGCAAAGGGCCCCCAGCUGGAAUGCUGGGUGGGAGGAGCCAGCCUGGCCAGGUGCGCUCCCUCCCCAGGCCCUAGGCAGGUGGCUGCGCUGGCCCGCCCUCCUUCCUACCCCCUCGCCCAAGGGAGGCAGAUAGGCAGGUCUGGGCGGGCGAGCUGCUGAGUCAGUUUGCGAGGAAUGUUCGGGCCGCUCCCAGACACACCCUGAGCCUGCCGGCCCCACCACACCCUCCCAGGUGCCUUGGCCCCGCGCCCGCCGUGCCAGGAACGCACCUUCAGCCCAAGCUUGCUCAGACCAGCUCCCACCGGCAGCAGCCCCACUGCUCCCCCACCUGCUCCCCCCAUGACCCCAUUGAGCCCCCUUCACCAUGCUCUCGGGUGACCCAGGGCCGGUUCACGUGUGUGAAUAAGCUCUUCCUGUGUAACAUGCAGACUGGGGAAAUGGGGGGAUUAGGGGGGUCCCCAGGCAACAACCCCUUGGGAUCGAGGGGUUCCUGCAGGAGGAGGGUCUGCGAUGAGAGGGGCCCGUAGGGAGGCCCGGGGAGGCCCCGCCUGCUCGGCGAGGGCUGGGGGCGGGGGAGGUGGCCAGGAGGCCAGGCCUGUGGCAGCUAAGCCAGUGCUUUGGCCAAAGCCCAGAGCCUCCCUCCCCUUGGCUCCACUCAACCGUCCCCCCCCGGUCACCCCGGGCUGCCUCCUUGCCCAGGCACACCAGGCUGGCUGCUGACAGAUGGGGCGGUGGGCAGGGGCCGAGGGGCCAUCCCCACAGGUGACCCGGCCACCCUGGCAUCUCCUCCAAGCCAGCAGGGUGUGGAGAUGGGGCAGCCCCCAGGUCCCCACAGAGCCCCGGCCCCCAUGGGCACCACGGCUGAAUCCGGGCUCAUUCCGGACCUCGUUGCCAGGAUUCCCUGGCCCCGAUGGGCACUGGUGGCCAUCGCUGUCGCCGCCACCAUCCUCACUUCUUCCUGCCUCCUCUGUGUCGUCUGCUGCUACUGUCGCCGAGCCCACAGGAGGAAGCCCCGAGACAAAGAGGCCAUGGGCCUGGGCAGUGUCCGGGGCGCCACCACCACCCACCGGGGGCAGCCGGAGGUGGACGAUGUGGAGUCCAGCCCGGGGGGAGCCCAGCAGUGGGGGCGCCUGCAGCUCUCCCUGGAGUACGACUUUGGAAGCCAGGAGAUCCGGGUGGGCCUCAAGCAGGCAGUGGACCUGAGGGCCAGGUGCCCGGGGGACACAGCGGGCCCCUACGCCCGCACCAGCCUGUCCAUCCAGGCCGGGCACACACACGAGACCAAGGUGCACUGCGGCUCGCUCUGCCCCAUGUUCGCCGAGACCUGCUGCUUCUGCGUGCUGCUGGCGGAGCUGCCCCGGACCACCCUGUGGGUGCAGGUGCUGGACUUUAAGCACUUCUCCGGGCACAAGCCGCUGGGCGAGCUCCACCUGCCGCUGGGCACCGUGGAUCUGCAGCACCUCCUGGAACUCUGGUGCCAGCUGGGCCCCCGGGCACCGCCGAGGUAAGGGUGCUGACUGCCUGGCAUUGGCCCGGGCCUGCCUGAGGCUGAGCAGACAGGGGAGCUGUGCUUCUCGCUGCAGUACGUGCCCGGCUCGGGCCGGCUGACGGUGGUCGUGCUAGAGGCCCGGGGCCUGAGCCUGGAGCUGGCAGAGCCCUACGCGAAGGUCCAGCUCAUGCUGAGCCGGAGGAAGUGGAAGACGAGCAGGACGUCUGCCCGGAAGGGCACGGCCGCCCCCUACUUCAACGAGGCUUUCCCCUUCCUUGUGCCCUUCAGCCAGAUCCAGAGUGUGGACCUGGUGCUGGCCAUCUGGGCCCGGGGUGAGGUGGCGCUGGGAGCCCGGGCCUCCGGCCAGCCCCUGCAGCACUGGGCGGACAUGUUGGCCCGUGCCCGGCGGCCCAUCGCCCAGUGGCACCGCCGGCGGCCCGCCAGGGAGGUGGACCAGGCCCUGGGCCUGCAGCCCCACCGGCACCUGCCCUUGCCUGGCUCCUGACAGCACCCUGUGCCGUGAGCUCCCGCACUGAGCUGUGGGCCUGUCCAGGCCCCGCGGGUCCUGCUGCAACGAACGCCUCCCCCCCCACCACCGUGUGUCCUGCCUGUGCCCUCGGGGCCAGUGUAGGGUGGGGAGUCCCCUCUCC